UAAUUCGCGAUCUUCUAAAAUACAUCGAACAUGAGUGUUAUAACAUAGUAGAUAUAUAAUAAAUAAUUUUAUAUACAAAAAACGUAAAUUAUAUAUUUUCAAGUAUCUAAAACAGGAAAACGCGAAAAACAAUAUGUUUUUUAUUUCGAAAUUAAUGUUAAUAAUAAUUUUAUUAAUUGAAACGUAUGCAAAUAUCACGCAAGAUGUCGAAAGAAUAUUGCUGCCGGAAUGGAACCCAAGAAGCGCAGAUGAAAUACCAUUGACUCUGAAUGUUUUUGGAAAAGAGAUUCAAUUAAAACUACGUAAAAACAAACAAAUAGUAUCGACUAUGUUUAAUGUAUGGAAACAUGACACAAUAGGCAUCAUAAAAAAGCUGUCUCAAAUAAACGCAUCGGAUCCUUGCUAUUAUCUCCACAAAGAUCAUAUCAGCACUGCGGCCAUAAACUUUUGUCAGGAACAUGGAUGGAAAGGAAUCGUCUAUCUGAAAAACGAUAUUUUGGAAAUUAGACCUUUGCUGGAUGACUUUGCGUCUUUGUCCUCAAUCGGUGAUGUUUGCGUUAAAGAUGAAAUUAAUAUUUCAUUUGGCAAACCUCAUCUUAUUAAACGAUCAUUGCAAUUAUCUGCUGAUUCAAAUUUUCAUUAUUUGGAUAAUUUUAAAUUGAAACGACGUCAUGUACAAAAUACGCUAACAACUUUAUCUAUAGAAUUAGCUGUUUUCAUCGACAAAAAAACAUAUCAUAAAUUUUUGUCUUUUUUCGACGAAGAUAAGGAAAUGUUGCGUAGUAUGAUAUUAGCGUACGUGAAUCGUAUUCAAGCUAUGUUCCAUCAUCCGAGUUUGGGUGUUUCUAUCGAUAUUUCAUUGGUGUGUUUGGAAAUUGUGAAAAAACGAUCGCUAAAUUUGCCAGUUAAGUACAACGUUAGCAGUCUGCUCAAUUCGUUCUGCCAAUACGCAGCAGCUCGCAAUCCUUCAGACGUUAAUGAUCCACGUCACUGGGACAUAGGUCUUUAUCUAACUGAAUUAGAUUAUUCGAUGACCGUAGACGGCUUGGGAUUUUCCUACACAGGUGGCAUGUGCCAAUCAAAUAAAUCGUGCGCUAUAAUAAAUUUCGGUAUUACACCUAGGCUAUCGUCGGGUUUUGCAUCGUCUCUUAUUGCUGCUCAUGAGAUCGGCCAUGCCUUAGGAAUGCAAGACGAUUCAAUACCGUGUGAAACAAAGAAAUACAUAAUGUCAUCUCAAUUCUACUCUUACGUACCCUACUCUUACGGACAGGCAACAUGGUCCGAGUGUAGCCGUGAUACAGUCGAAAAACUCUGGAAUGAACUCGGGACAGAACACGGGAAAAACUGUCUUCGAGAUCGUACGACACUCAAGAACCGAAACGACCAUUCGCGUUAUCAUGAUUUGCCCGGAAGAGAAUGGACCGCCAAAGCACAAUGCGAAAUUUAUUUUGGCGACAAGGAUGCAAACGUAGUCUCGUUGCAUGAUAUAUGUAAAACCUUACAAUGUGAAGCGCCUGACGAAAAUGAGUAUACAUUCACGGGACCGGCGUUAGAAGGAACUUAUUGCGCACUAAAGAAGGAAUGUCGCGGAGGAGAAUGCGUGCCCGUUCGCAUACCGCCAGAUAUUCGCAGAUAUUGUGAAAAUGAUAACUGGAGUGAAUGGAGAAUAAGCACCUGUAAAAGUAAUUGCUUAGCGGGUUCUAAAGGCGUAAGACGCAAACGACGUUCUUGCAAACAUGGGGAUCGCAGAACGGCCAGCUGCGGAGGACCAUAUUACGACAUGAUUUUAUGCGAUGACUCGAAAUUUUGCGAUUUUGAAAAGCGCAUGACAAUCUCCGAAUUUGCUACUGCGAAAUGCAUUGAAUUUAACAAUAUUAUAAAGCAUUCAAAAUUUAGUGCCAAAGUGGAAUUGGAAAUUGGGCCGGGAUUUCAGGAAAUUCAUAAUGUCAAUGAACCGUGGAUAGCCUGUACUAUCCACUGUCAACGAAAAAAUUCAUCUUUUUUCUACGCACCACGCUUGGAAAUGCUCAGCCUUGGUGUCGAUCCUUACUUUCCAGAUGGAACGUUUUGUAACUAUGAAAAUCGCAAAAGAUAUUACUGCCGCCGACAUUAUUGUCAGGUUGAAAGCUAUCCUGAAAAAUAAUUGUUGAAAAAUUAUCGACGUGUGAACGGAGAUCGAAAAUGCAGAAAAUUAUGAAGAGCGCGUAAAUCAGUCUAGAAUUGUUGGACAAUUUGUUUGGUAACAAAUAUUCGAUCGGAUAAUCUGUCGUUGUUAACAUCCGUUUCGCGUAUUAUUCAUACCGUGCUUAAUAAAGACAAUUGAACGAAGAAUUACGUCGAUUAUCAGCAUUUAAAACUAAUUCCGUCGAUUAGCAAUAGUAAAAAUGUGAAAAAAAACAGAAAAAUUAAUAAAUAAAUGAUUAGUUGUAUUUUUUUAAUAACUGGGACAUACAUGCACGCGUUAAACUCGCGUUUUUUCUAUUUUUUCUAUUUUUAUAUUCCUUUAAUUGUAUUUGUUUUAACACUUUAAACUCGUCAAACCGCUGUUAAAAGAAAGCUGUUAAAAUAUAAACGUCAAAACUGUCAAACGUAAUCAUUUCUAUAACAAAUAAUCGAUAAUAAACAAAAUCAUCAAUGCGAACUUUGCAAUACACAAACCGAUCGAUAACCGUCGCGAAAAUAGGACAUAUUUGAUAUUGAUAAAACAAAACUGCACUCGCAGUGUUAUUCAGUCACUCUAAAUUUUUCAUCAAGUAAAAUUUGUUUAACAUUUUUGAAUAAUGUGCAAAAUGUUUGUGCGUAAGGUUAUAUAUUCUACAUAUCGAUCACA